AUAUUAAAUUACUGGAUGAUCACGCAAAGACAAAAUGGGAAGAAAUUCUACAUUUUAUGGUCGGAACUGACCGAAUGAGUUUACCAGGAGCCUCUGUAUUAAAAGUUGUCACUAAAGCUAACUUAAUGAGAGAAAAGGAGGGGAAAGGUCUAGAAAUAACAAAUAAGGGAUUUCAAUUUUUAUUACAAGAUGUUAAUACUCAAGUAUGGGCUUUUUUAAUUCAGUAUUUAGAUUUGGCCAGUGAGGAUUAUUCAGUUGAAGGAUUAACAGAUACGCAACGACAAUUACUUGAUGACUUAACUAAUUAUGGACUUAUCUAUAGACCCAAAAAAAGCUCAAAGAGAUAUUAUCCGACACGUCUUGCUACUACAUUAACGUCAGGAAACUCAGCCAUUGUAUCAAAUGCAGCGUCUAAUAAUCCUGCAGAUGAUGAUGAUAGCGCCACAGAACAAGGAUUUAUUAUUGUCGAAACCAAUUAUAAAUUAUAUGCCUACACAACUUUGUUACCGGCAACUGUAGUUGACCAAAUUCAAUUAUGGGAAAUGGAACUCAAUCGACUGAUUAUUACUGAUUGUAUGUUAGAGGAUAUUUGGUCCAUUCGUAAUGUUUUUUGCUUACUAACAGUAUUUUCGAUUUUAGGCUACUUAUACAAAGAUUUUCGUACAUUCGCUGAUUAUGAAGUUGUUCUAAAACAUGCAAACACUUUGGGAGUAGUAGUUUGGUCAAACGAUUCGAAAAGAAUGAUUGGAAUUGCCGAAGCGGGCCAUGAUCGUGUGAAGGCUUUUAUUAAGAGAAAGAUUGUACAAAGGAGGAGUAAUGGGGGUGAUACAACUAGUAGUGCUGGUGGUACUCCUGCAAGAUGA